AUGAGUGCAAACAGCCCCUCUUGGGACCAGGCUGUUCUCCAGCCUCCGGUGUGUGAUGCCUGGAAGGAGAUUAUGGAGGAAGCAGCCUACCAGCUGGCCAGCUGCAUUGUCCUCCUGGGUUACAUGGGGGGAAGUGGCAUCUUUGGGUCCCUCUAUGUCUUUGGCCUCCUGGCCCCAGGCUACUUUUGCUAUGCUCUGUGGGGCUGGCUGAGCGCUUGUGGGCUGGAUAUCUUCAUCUGGAACAUGCUGCUGGUCCUCGUCUGCUUGCUUCAGCUGGCUCACCUGGCUUACCGGCUCCGCAGAAACACCAUCCCAGAAGAGUUUGAGCUCCUCUACAAGACCAUGUACCUGCCCUUGCAGGUGCCCCUGGAAGUCUACAAAGAGAUCGUGAAGUGCUGUGAAGAGCAGGUCCAGUCACUAGUCAGAGACCAGAAUUAUGCAGUGGAGGGCAAGACGCCCAUUGACCGCCUCUCGUUGCUGCUGUCUGGCAGGAUCCGAGUGUGCCAGGAUGGACAAUUCCUUCACUACGUCUUUCCAUACCAGUUUUUGGACUCUCCAGAAUGGGAGUCGCUGCGACCCUCUGAGGAAGGAACUUUCCAGGUCACCCUGACAGCUGAGACCGAUUGCAGCUACAUCACCUGGCCGAGGAAGAAGCUGUAUCUCCUCCUGAGGAAGGACCACUACAUCGCCCGGCUCUUCUCCUCCCAUCUGGGCUAUGACAUCUCAGAGAAGCUCUACUCCCUCAACGAGAAGCUCUUUGCCAAGUUUGGCCUUCGCUUUGAUAUCCGCUUGCCCAGCCUCUACCAUGUCCUUGGGCCAACCUCCUCUGAGGGAGAGUCGGAGGACUGUGAGGAGCUGCUGCCUGGCUCUGGCCAGGCCAGCAUCUCUGAGCCGCCACCUCAGCCACCGCCACCACCACCCCUGGCUCCGCGCCCCCGAGCAUCCCGGCCUGACAGUGACCUGCUGGGUGAGGACUCCACCAGUCUUGUCUUGGAAGAUUUUGCUGAGUUGCCGGGGUCUUUUAUGGACUAUGUGAGCGAAGGGGAUAAGUCCCUAAGGUCAGAACUCCCCUCUCUCUGCAAAGGACGAGCCCCUCUGGCUCCCACUCAGACCCCUGAACUCUAGGGAACAACAGGCUGUUUUGAUCCUGAAGCCCUUCCAAGGGAGCAGAUGCUCACAGAGGUUUUUGACCAGAGACACUCUUUAGCAUGCAGAGACGUCUGCCAGCAGAUAUCUACACUCAGGAGCACAUGAAGCACAUGCUUAAGACUGCAGUGUGACACUCCAGCACCUCCUAUCCCAUGGCUGUUCACCAGAGCUGCCUUCCCCAGUGUGCUUCCACGGUUUGUUUUCUAGUCCUGACCUUCUGAGGUUGUCAGCAGCUCUGUCACUAAAGUGCACCAAUAUCCUGCAAGCAAUACCAGCCUGCUUGCAGAAUCUGUGUUCCCUUUAAUUCAAUGAUUCCCAUUAAAGUCAGAGAUGAAAAUUCUGGUGUUUGAGAAUUUGAAGAGGGAGUAAACAGAUGGAGGGGGUAGAAUUUAAAGAGGGAGAUCACUUAAAGUGAUCUCAAGGCACAAAGUAGAUAGGGCAAGGGGAAAUGGGCCAGCUGACAGCUUUGGUAAAGGAUUUGCGAUGGAGAGUUUGAUUAUAUGCAUCUCACUGGGCAUCCACUCUGGUAAGACCAGAAAUUACUUUUCCAGGAUUUCUCAUUUAUGACAAGCACAACUUCUCAAAGAAACUGGUGAAAAAAGACUUCUAGUUGGUUGUUUGCAUUGAUUCUUGAAAUAAGAAAGAGAAGGAAUUGAGAUUGGGAACAGGUGUAGGCAAGAACCCUUUUUUUUGUGUGCUCAAGGGGGCGUGACCUCAGGGUGUACAAACAUCAAAUGAAAAAAAGGGAUGGAUACAAAAUAUCUGUGAAGAGAGCAGCCAUUCGUAGGAAGGACAAUGCCUUAAUAGUGUAGAGAUGGAAGGCCUCUUCCAAGUUCAGUUGCAACAGGAUUUGUCUCAUAAACUUCCCCAGCCAUUUCCUUGGUCAGGGAAUUGGAAGUACCUGUGGAGGAAUCCUGUGUCUCACAGAGCCUAGUGCAAUCUAAUUGAGAAAUGAGAGUAGGAUCCUCUCCAGGGCAGGUAUUCAGGGAAAGAGCAAGGAAUGUUUGUCCUUCUGUCAGCACAGAGAAGGGUGUCCUUCAGUGCCUCUUGGCACAGAUAUGCUAGGGCACAGCCAUUCUGUGUGUGAGGCUGGCUUUGUGUCAGGCUUGGGCUGGUGGAGGUUGUCCCACCUGCCCUGCCUUGCUCACACAGGGGCUGUGGCCCAGUGUCCAGUUUGGCCUGUCUUGCAAGUCUCAAAACUUGUGCUCUCAGGAUCCAACACCCUCACCAAAGGCCUCUGGAGUGGUGAGUAUGUGGGAUCUGUGAUGUACACAGCCCCUUGCACUGCUUGCCUUUUCUCCCACACCAGAGCAGGAGAACUGGGUUGCUCCAGGCUUGGGAAUCAUCCAGUUCAUGGUUGUUACCAUGCUCUGUCAAUAUACUGGUGCUUCAGCCUGACCCCAUUGCCUUUCACAUUUUGGAAAUGUCUGCAGCAGGUUGACACGAGAGCUGCCGGGAUCUCUUGUGCAAAGGAACUGAAAUGCACAGUGGAACUGGGUCCAUCUGUCGAUCUGCUUUACACACCUUCCUGAAGCAGUGGACCAGGCUGGGCUGAAUUACACACCACUCUUCACAGGUGUCUGCUGAGCUUACACUCCAGUCUUCAACAAGGAACUCCCAGGAAACUCUUCAAACAUGGUGCCAACUAACAUGGAUCACUCUCAGGUUGUCCAAGUCCAGCUCUAUCCCCCUCCCAAGUGUGUGUUAGAGAUGGUGUUUGUUAGCUGUCCUUCCAAACAGUCAUAAGGCAGGGCCCAAAAUCUUGGAUGUUAACUGAAAGCCGAAGCUAAUCCUGCUGUGACACUGUCUAGUUGAGCAGGAGUGACAGCUCAUGGAAAACAACGUGAGACAAUUCUUCAUGGCAAAAAUGCUUUAGCAUGUCUCUCACUCCUGAUCGUGGAAUUCUUGGUGCACUUUUCUAUUGCUCAGUGAAGUCAGUAUAGGGAACCAGAGAAAAUGGUGAACAGAUAUGAUUUGUGGGCAGAAAUUAUGAAGGACUUGUCACCUCUUUAAUUUGCAAAUAUAUCACGGUGUGGGAAAGGUGUGGGUGU